AUAUUCACGUGACGUGGAUUCGUGUCAUUGAUUGAGGAAAUUUAUUUUUAUAACCUUCAAACUCCAAACAUUUUGCCAACUUGAAAGAUGUCUGGACAGUGGGAGGUUGUAGGAAAAAAGAAAGGAAAUAGUAAAUUGCCUGUUCCAAAAGUUUCUGCUAAAGAUAACAGCAAUGUAAAAAGUCCAGUAAAUGGAUCGAAAAUCGAAGAUUCAUAUCCAAAGUUGCCAGAGAAAGUUGCAGGGGUUGAACCAAAGAUUGUUCAAGAAGUUAAAAAGUCACAGGAAAAAAGCAAAUUAAAAUUGAGGAAACCACAAAGAAAUGACAGACCAUCAGAGCCACAAAAACCUAAAUCUCCUAAGUCAAUUGAAACUGGUCUCAAUUCUAUUGAUGUGAAAGAAUUUGAAUCCAUUUAUGAAACGAGUAAAAAUCGUUAUCCAGAUGCUCCUAUAGUAUGGUUAAAGGAAUUAGUUUAUUUCUUAAAUCAAAAAAUGUCAUUGGAAAUCCAAGAUCCAGUAUUUUCUUCCAAACCUCAGGGUUAUCCUAUUUCCGCAGUGCCUUCAGAACUACGAGGUGUCAUUGAAAAAUCGGUUAAAGAAGCAGGCAAGAACAAUGCCCAGCAAUUCUUUGAUUUCUGUUUGACAUCAAUGGCUACCGAUAUGGGAAAAGGUCUUCCAGCUUUAGGUUAUAAGUUUUUCUUGCAAUACAUAGCCCUUAAUGAACCAGUAUUGAUUACUUCAAACGUUAACAAGCACAGGGUGUUGAGAAAUUCCUAUCAGAAUAGAUUGAAUAUAGGUCUUUCUAUACUUUGGGCUGUAGGCAACGUUGCCUAUAGUGAUUUCAAUUCUGGAGUAACAGUGUUCAGGGAAUUAUUUUUACCAGUAAUUGAUAUAAAGAGCUACUCACCAUAUAUUUUAAGUUAUCUAAAAAACUUAAUUAGUAAUAGUGGAGAUGGCAAUGGAAUUCUGACCAAAGAAGAUUUCCUUUUGAUACUUGACAUAAUUUAUACAAGUAAAAAACAUUUUCCUGUUGACCUUCUCAGGGAGUUAUCGAAUAAAGUUUCUAACUUGAAACCUUUACUAUUUGUGGAUAACAAAGAAAAGUAUCAUAGCUACAUAGAACUACUAUUGAAGAAAGUGGUCUCAACUAGUAAUAAAUCUCAUCAAAACUGUCUAUGUGAUAUAUUGGUUGAAGUUUUCCAAAGAGACUCAACGACUUUUGCAACCUGGAGAAAAAUUUAUCCGAAAAAUGUAGCAUCUAGUGUCAUUCUUCUUGAGUUCAUUGGUGAUAAUUGGGAUACCAUAUCAAAAAGAAUUGAUAGGGCUGCUCUCAAAGAUUUGCUGAAUAGUUUUCAAGACGUGAAUGAUGAGCUUUCCACCAAAAAACGGAAAGAAGAUGGUUUGAGAGAAAGCAUUAAUGCUAUUCAAAAAAUCAAUGAGAAAAUGGCAGCCAAGAAAAAAUCAAGCUCCUCAUGCAGAACCCUGUCGCUGUUAGUAAUAAUAGCUCUGGCUGGACUGGUAUUGUUUGAUAUCAAACAGAAUACUUGGGAUAAUAGCAGAACACGCAAAGCUCUCAAAGAUUACAGAGUAUGCGAGUAUAGCCAAAAAGCCCUUAAUACUACAAGGGAGGGUUUGAAUUGGCUGGAUGGCCGAAUCGAACAAAACUUUCCUGCUUUCCGCAAGACAGUGAUAGAUUUCUCAGAACCAUAUGUAGAGUUAGCGAUAAGCACGGGAAAAAUUACACGUAAUGGUUUCUAUAACAUGAAAGAAGUCGUUUUAGAAAAGUAUCCAUUAGUUCUUCAGUCGAUUGAGUCUUAUGCACCUGGAUUGAUGGAACAGUCUCAAAAGGCUUUAAGUGAUGUGUACUCUUCCUCAGUGUUAUAUUGUAAUAGGGGCAUUGAUUAUUUGAGGAAAGAAGUGUUUGUUGGCCAGUUAUCCCCUGAAAACGUUCAGAGAGUAGUCAUUGAGGCGUUCAACACAACACAACAAAAAGCUACUGAAUAUUAUCACUGGAUUUAUAAAAAGGUCCAAACUACCAUCAAAUAAAUAUGAACUGAUAUUUAGGUUAUCCAAUUAUUUGAAAAGUAAAUAGUAAUUUAGGGCUCCUACCACCAUCUUAUCUAUUGUCAAUCAUUAAUUAUUGGGAUGACGCUACCAAUUCUGAUUUAAGCAUUGUUAAAAAAACUUAGCAGGACCUAUAGAUCCUACAAAUCAAAAUCGAAAAAUGUAUUGGUAAAAACUUAAUCUGUAAGCUGAAGUAAAAUAUUUCUUUCACGGCAUUCCAGAACAAUAAAUAUUAUCAUAUACCUGACGAUUAAAGUGAACUGAUCUAUUGUCAUGACUAGUACUAGUAUGGCCUUUAUAUAUUUGUUUCGGUGGUGGUGAUGGUGCUAGAUAUUAUAGCCGUAUUGUAAUUUAUUUCAGGAAUAAAUGGUUUAUUAUGUGG